AUGGACAGGAAGUCGGUAAAGGAGAGUGGGGAGGUGUCAGGUUGGAUCGGAAAGUCACAGAGGGAGACACAGGCUGAGUUUAAGGAGGGGGGAAGUGAAAAGGGAGGGGAAGCGAAGGGGGGAGCAGAGAAGAAGAGCUUAGAGAAAGAGAAUGUAGAGGAAAAAACAGAAGAGAAGGAGAAUGAGAGGAAAAAGGAUACAGAAGGAAAUGAGGAAGUAGAGGAGGAAGAAGUGAGUGAGGCAUCGAAAGGAAGAGGGAGGAGAACAACGGCUGAGGCGUGGAAAUUACAUAGGGCAAACAGCACAGGAGACCUAGGAGAUAUUAGAGACUGGGUUAAAGGAGAUGGAAAGAGAAGGGGAGGUGGCUUGAGUGAUUUGAGGGAAAAUAAAGUGAGACUCAUAGCUAAGACAGGAGAUAAGAAAAGAGAAGGAAUGGAGGCGAUGCGAUGA